GCGUCCCCCCUUCCCGCGACCCCGCACGGGUCCCCAGGAUCUGCGAGGGUGAACGCAGGGUUUGGAUGAGGUGGAAACGCAAUCGUAACUCAGGCUGGGUACAGGAGGUGGCUUGGGGUGGGCGGAGGCCGUUGUCCCAGCCCCCCGCCCCCUCUCCGCGCCGCCAGUGACGUCAGAGCCGGACCCGGUAAACUGAGCAGGGCUGCGGGGCGCUGGGGCGGAGACGGCGACCCAGAGCGACCGGGACGCACGGACUGAGCCCCGGGUGGCGCGGCACGAGGACCCCGCGGACGAUCCAGAGCCCAGCAGGAGCCAUGGCCCUGAGCGAGCUGGCGCUGGUGCGCUGGCUGCGGGACAGCAGCCACUCGAGGAAGCUCAUCCUCUUCAUCGUGUUCCUCGCGCUGCUGCUGGACAACAUGCUGCUCACCGUCGUGGUUCCCAUCAUUCCCAGUUACCUGUACAGCAUUGAGCAUGAGAAAAAUACUACAGAGAUCCAGACAGUCAGGCCAGCACUCACAGCCUCCACUUCGGGAAACUUCCAGAGCAUCUUCUCUUACUAUGACAACUCUACUAUGGUCACUGGGAACAUCACCAGAGGCCUCCUGCUGGGGCAGCCACAUAAGACCACCACCACAGAGUACAUGGUGACCAAUACAUCCACUGUCCCUUCUGACUGUCCCAGUGAAGACAAAGACCUCCUGAAUGAAAACGUGCAAGUUGGGCUGUUGUUCGCUUCCAAAGCCACCGUCCAGCUCCUCACCAACCCGUUCAUAGGGCUGCUGACCAACAGAAUCGGCUAUCCAAUCCCCAUGUUUGCUGGAUUCUGCAUUAUGUUUGUCUCAACAGUUAUGUUUGCCUUCUCCAGCAGCUAUGCCUUCCUAUUGAUCGCCAGGUCCCUGCAGGGUAUCGGCUCCUCCUGCUCAUCUGUGGCUGGAAUGGGCAUGCUGGCCAGCGUGUACACGGAUGACGAAGAGAGGGGCAAUGCCAUGGGGAUUGCCUUGGGGGGCCUGGCCAUGGGGGUCUUAGUGGGUCCCCCCUUUGGGAGCGUGCUCUAUGAGUUCGUGGGGAAGACGGCUCCCUUUCUAGUGCUGGCUGCCUUUGUGCUCUUGGAUGGAGCUAUUCAGCUUUUUGUGCUUCAGCCAUCCCGAGUACAGCCAGAGAGUCAGAAGGGAACACCCCUAAUUACUCUGCUGAAGGACCCAUACAUCCUCAUCGCAGCAGGCUCUAUCUGCUUUGCAAACAUGGGGAUUGCCAUGCUGGAGCCAGCCUUGCCCAUCUGGAUGAUGGAGACCAUGUGUUCCCGAAAGUGGCAGCUGGGCAUUGCUUUCUUACCAGCGAGCAUCUCUUAUCUCAUUGGAACCAAUAUUUUUGGGAUACUGGCUCACAAAAUGGGAAGAUGGCUUUGUGCUCUUCUGGGAAUGAUAAUUGUUGGAAUCAGCAUCUUAUGUAUUCCUUUUGCAAAAAACAUCUAUGGACUCAUUGCUCCCAACUUCGGAGUUGGUUUUGCGAUUGGGAUGGUGGACUCCUCCAUGAUGCCUAUCAUGGGCUACCUGGUCGACCUGCGGCACGUGUCCGUCUAUGGGAGUGUGUAUGCCAUUGCGGAUGUGGCCUUCUGUAUGGGGUAUGCUAUAGGUCCUUCAGCUGGUGGUGCCAUUGCAAAGGCCAUCGGCUUUCCAUGGCUCAUGACAAUUAUUGGGAUCAUUGAUAUUGCUUUUGCUCCUCUGUGCUUUUUUCUGCGAAGUCCACCUGCCAAGGAAGAAAAAAUGGCUAUCCUCAUGGACCACAACUGUCCUAUUAAGACAAAAAUGUACACUCAGAGUAACACCCAGUCAUACCCGAUCGGUGACGAUGAAGAAUCUGAAAGUGACUGAGCCCCUCAGAAAUCAUUCAAGUGUUUAACUGUGUUGGUGUUUCCAGUGAGAUGACUCGUGCAGAGCUGUCUUAGUCAUACCAUCCACUCCUGGCAGAGUACAACCACCAAAGGUGAUUCUUUCUUUUCCAUGGUUAUGAUCGACUGCCAACAGCCUUAUAAAGAAAAAGCAGCUUUUCUAGGGGUUUGUAUAAAUAGUGUUGAAAACUUUAUUUUAUGUAUUUGGUUUUAUUAAAUAUUACACAAUAUAUUUUGACGAAAUAGGUAUAUUGUAAAUGUAUAAAUAUUUGAAUCCAAAUCAACUAUAAUUUUUUAACUUACAUUCACGAACACUUGGACAAAAAAAAUCUUGUAUUUUUUCUGAAUACUGGUAAUGAGUGUUUAAAGCACACAUUAUCUGACACUACCAACAAUGAGAAACUACAAGUCUAAAAAACAGAAUCACGUAAGACAGCAUGUUACGUAGCAACAAUGAAUGUGCUGACUCGUAAUCAGUGUCAAUAUAUUUAUGAGUCAAAAGCUAGUCAUCUCAAGUGCAGAGAGCAAGAAAGCAAACUAGUCAUCUUUUGGACUUAUUCAUAGCUCUUUGCUGGCAUUAGUUUUCUAUAUAAUCACCCACCUGGAAAGGGACGGUUGUACAAUUACACUUAUGUGGUUGGCAGCAAACAUUAAAGCCAACGAGGAUUUUGUGGUUUUUUUUGUAAACGUUCUGAAAGUAGAGAAAAGCCCUCAAAUGUAGUUACAACUUAACAGCUUUCUUUUAAAGACAAAUACUUGACUGCUUUAUUGGCUGAAAAUAAAAGGUAUAUGCACUUUACACUGUUAAGGUGAAGCAUGAUAAGAUUUAUCAACACCUAAUUAGUUUUGGAAAAGGAAACAGCUAUUAAGCCUUGAAAAAUCAGACUAUUACGUCUUUCACCUAUUUGCAGGCCAUCCAAGUGUUUUCCUAGUUAUUCUGAGUUGCAAUUAUUUUCUGGACUCCUAAAAGUUGUCCAUGUUAAUGCAGAAUUUUAAAGAUGAAGGAAUGAUGCUGUUUAAAAACAUUAUGGUGGGAAAGCAGGUAGGGAAGGUGUCCUGACCACCUGUCAUCUUUUUCUGAAGCAGAAAAAAAUCCAAACAUCUACAAAUGUGUACGUGUUACUGUAUCAUCUUGUAUGCUGGGUAGCAUAAUUUUUCUAAGCAUGAGAACAUUGACCUGUCUUUUCAGUGUGCCAGCAAAUACUGAACAUUGUCUACAUUGCUUUAUAUGUGAAUACGACUUUCUGGCAUGUGAACAGUGUAGAAUAUGUCUCUAGUAGUACGUGACAAUUCUGCAGUUCUGUCAUCAUAAAAAUGUCAUUUUUGUUAAGCUGAACUGUUUGUGUUAACUUGGGUAUCAGGGAUCAAAGAACUUUAUAGCAAAGACUCUCAAUCUUAUUGGCUAGUACAUAUUCUUCAGAAAGGUAGUGGCUAAUCUUUCUUUUGCUUUAUGGAGCUUUUCUGUGGGGCCUAGCUGAUUUGAAGUCAGUACAUUUGAGAAAAAACAGCUUCUGACUCCACCACUGGACAGUCACACAAGCCUGUGACUGAAAGAUGGCUGCUGAGGGAUUCUCACACAGCUAACAUACAAAGGAGGGAUGUAUACUUCUACAGGACAGCCUUAAAAAGUGUGGCUAAAGAGAGCCUGUAGUUUCCCUUGCCCUCAAUAUCAGACAAUCUAGUCCUAUGUUCUUUUUGCCUUUAAGGCUUCAGCUCUAGUAAGAAUGACUAGCAAAGGCAGCCUGCUAUUGAUCCCUGGGGGAAAGGAUAAAAGAAUUUUUCCGAACUGUUUGGGGAGCCAAAAUAGGUUGUUUCUGAGGGGAAAGUAAAGUCAUUUAUAUGACUAAUAUCCUGGGUACACAAGACUGAAAAACGGGGGGUUUAAAAAAUAUUCUGCAUGUACCAGAACAAAGAACAUAUAGCUCUCUGAACAUUUUUUUAAAAAUAGAGGUGGCUUUUAUGUUUUACUUGGUAAUACAGACACAAAAAUCUUUGUGAGGUAGCAGUGAGUAAUCAGCUUUCUUCUGACUGCUAAGUAUAUCUGUUCUGGUCAUACUUUAGCUAGACCUACUUAAUAAAUCUUCUUGAACACUGCUGUGCCUGCCUGUAUUCUUUCAUAAAUACUGCUGGAACAAAUACAUAGAUAUCAUUUUGACUGUAGUUAUUUAAUUAAAAACUAUUCUUUGCUUGCAGGAGUCAAGCAAAUGCCACUCCAGGCUAGUGUGGUCCAUCCUCUUGGCUUUCCACUAUUUGCUGUAAAUGAAAUGUGAGACUUAUUAUUCUAUCAACGUGGAAAAACAGUGAAUUGCCCUGGACUUUAACUGUCAGUGUUGCUCUAACUGCUGUAAACAAGUAACUAUCUUAUGAAAAUAGCCAUUAUCCAGGCAUCUGCCAGAAUCGACUCUUGAAAGCUCUAGAAAUUAGGAUCAUUUUGAAUGGGGUGCACAUGAUACCGCUUCCAGGAUCUAUAGUUUUAAUUAGACCUUAAAGAGUAUCAAGGAACCAGAAAAGAUGAGGGAACACUCCCUUUUUCCCCACUCCUUUGCUUCUGGGGUGGAAGAGGGGAGGUAGGGAAGGAAAACUAUCUCAAUUUAGGAAUUAAGAUAAUACUUUUUGUUUUUCUUGGUUUUUUUGAGACAGGGUCUCGCAGUAGCCCCAGCUGUCCUGGAACUCACUAUGUAGACCAGGCUGGCCUCAAACUCAGAGAUCCGCCUGCCUCUGCCUCCCGAGUGCAUGAGCCACCACCACGCUCAGCUUAAUACAUUUUUUAAGUUGGAGAUUUAAAACUUACUUCAGGGGACUUAAAAUUUUAAUCUCCAUUAGAUAGACUUUGCUUUCCAAGUUUUAGGCUGUUUUUCUUAGAAAGUUAUCUAAACAGUAAGUUUUGAUAUUAUCGAAUGAAGUUUGAUAUUAAGAAAUAUGAUUGCCUAAUAAUGCUAAAAUGUUACUCAUUUUGUAUAACCCAGUCAUUCAUCUAAACAUCAAUGAAGAAAAUAUACUUUAGUCUAAUUUUUCUUCUUUGAGAGUGUCUCAUUAUGGAUAGUCUUAUUAAUAUGCAGCAUUAGAAAAAUCCAUGAAUACAUUCCACAAGAUAAGGAAGCAGCAGCAAGAACUGAGCACUUUUGUUUACUGAAAGUGGGUUGAUAGCUUGUCUGCAUGGCCAAAUUAGACCAGGCAAUAAUUCCAGAGAUGCACAAAUCGCCUUGUUUUAAAUGUCAUCAAAUGAAGAUAUUCUUGUUUUCUGUGGUAGUCUUUAUUAUUUUAGCUAUUGAUAACAUAGCAUGGUAGCACGAUUACAUCAGUAAUGUAAUAUUAACACAAUCUUUUAAAACUGAAGCCUGAUACCUUACUCUAGGCUAUCUGGAGUGUUUCCCCUUGCUCUAAAGUACAACUGUGAUGCCUCUACUGCU